AUGCGAGUCAUCAGAAGAGACAAGGACAAGUUUGGGCGUGACCCAGUAACAGUCCCACUGCAAACUGUGGCUCGUAACGCCAACCCUGCAGUAUAUGAUCGGAAACGAUCUCGAUUCACUUUUCAUCCUCAUGAUGUGCAUGGCGCAUACAAGUCUGUGAUCAAUGCCGUCCUGGGCACCCUCCUCCAGGAGUUGAACCGCAUAGCAAUCUCGAAUCCCAGCACCAUCAAAAUUCUCUUAACUGGGGGGCUCACCAAAGCUUUCCAUGUUCAAGAGGAGAUGAAGAAGUUCUUGGUUCGUCAAGGCCUGGCACAUUCGAUUUGUCCUGUCACUGAAGCGGUUGCACAUGGAGCCGUAUGGCGAGGCCUUUUCGGGGGACUCAGCCAGUCACCCAAGUCUCCCAGGCAUUUCGGCCUAGUGUCGAGAGAACUUCCGCCACUUUACCCUGCUGAGCGACAGCCAUUGCAUGUGCCUCCAAUUGUUGUUCGUCCUGUCUGGUUUCUUCCAAAGGACCAAAAAUUCAGCGUCCCUCAUCAGGGGGGCUUGACAGUGAAGGUUUGUCAUGGAGAGAAAGAUAGCGACAUAGUCAAAAUCGCAAUUUGCGAGAGUGACGGGCUGGGUGACCCACCGGCACGACUAGACGGUCUAUCGUGCCGGACCAAUCGCUACGUCACUCUAAAUUUCACCGGGGCCGACCUGGAAUAUUUCCGGCACCAGAAAGUCGGGGACGAGGUCUUUUACUGUCUGGAAGUUAAGAUCGUUUGGACCAUACCGGCCGGCGACGGAUGGAUGACUCUUCACGCGUUCGCCCUGGGGCGCCAGUUUGGGGCAGAAGAAAUCUGCAUGCAGGGUGGGUUCUGA